CAAAUAUUCAAGGGUUCAGUGGUUGUAAUCUAUUAAACACUACUUGUUUUCUUCAACAGUAACUUUCAGAACUUAUUGCGCGUAACAUAACAUUUAGGUUUUAUUAACCGAAGCCUUUUUGGAAAGGUAUUUUAAAGAAAGAAGUUAUUCAUUGUUCGAAACAUAAGAACAAGAAUCCUCAAUUGAGCUAAACAUAUCCGGCCUCGAGCCGUGACAAAAUGUUCAACCUCGUUUCAUUGAAUUUUUUCUUUUUUAAGAAUUGUUCGGCAUGCCAUUGAAGAAGAAGGCGACACCCGCAAACGCGGAAGAAGAUAAAACAGAUACUGAUCUGACGUUUUCUGAUGCGGAAUUAGUCAAAGUUCUAAUAGGCAGAGUUGCGGAACUCGAAAACACCCUCAAGUAUCAACAGUCUAUAACUCAGGACAAGUUCCCAAUGAUACGAUUCAAGCGUGACAGUGAUCCUAAGGAUUUUAUUGAUGAACUGGACGUUUAUUUCUCAUAUAACAAUUUUACGUCGCAACAAAAACGAUCGAAGGCACUCGCCUCCCUUCCCGAAGAAAUCAGAGAUCGCAUUAUAACAAUUAAGGACGCCAAAGAACUGGAAUGGCGCCAAUUACUAACAGAAAUCUUAGCUCCAGAGUUUCGCUUCUAUCGCGAACAAUUGUUCUCGGCGACAAUCAAGGCACGCGAAAAAGGCCUCAGUACCUUCGCUGUUGCUUACGAGAAAUUCGUACGAGCUCCGGGAGUUACUCAAGAUGAUAUUGGAUUGCUACUAUUAUAUAUGACUGCAGACAAAGACGCCAAGGAAUUCUUAGACCGUCAGAAUUAUCUCGAAUUAGACACAGAAAUUGUCGUCAGACUACUCAGAUUCUACGACUCAAGACGACAGACGAAUAAAUUUCAAGGAAAGGAUCGCUUCCGAGGAUCUUACAGAAGAUUCAAUUCGAAUUACCAAUCAACUUCCGACGAAAUAACGAAUACAGAUAACGGGAAACCCUUCCAAAAGAAGAAGCCCGCCGUGGAUACCUUUGAUAUUACGACAGACCCCAAGGACGAGGGCAAAUUACAUCAACACUUUUAUUUAUCAGACCAAACGACGUCAGUCAAAGCCUUAAUCGACACUGGCGCUGACGAGUGUGCGAUGUCAGACACAUUCGCAAGACACUUGAACGUCAAAAGCUAUUCAACUAAGACCCUUACGACGAGAAAUCCAAAUGGAUCAAUUUUAAAUGCCAUUGUAAAAACAGAAAUGAGAAUCGAAAUCGACAAAAAAACAUUCAAGCAACAUUUUUGGAUCAUUAAAGACCUAAACAUAUCCGGUCUCGAACCGUGACAGUCUGGAAAACACCAUUUUUGCCUUGGCUUUUACUUUUCAUGGUGUAGAUGUAUAUAGCCACUAAUAAUAUACUAGGUUCGAUUCCUACAUGAACCACUUAUUGACUUCUAUUUUCUAUCUCUCUUCCUGAAGAAGAGAAG